CCCCGACGCGAGCACGUUGAGUGGCGGGGCCGGCAGAAGAACUGUCCGAGCGAGGAGCGGCACCUGGGACGGGCGGCACGGUUGGGGCGCCAGCUUGGGGCCUCCGAGAGGCUGCUGGGCCGGGACCGCGCCUCGCGGCCACGGGGGGAAGGGAGUGGGUGGGCUGAGAGCAGCUUGGUGGCGAGGCCGGCCCGCCGCCCCUUCCCCCCACCCCCGCCGACCUUGCCGGCAGAAGCUUCCCGGAGCUCGUCACGCCGGCGCGAUGGCGACUGCUGGGGAGACGGAGGCCUCUCCGCCGACGGAUGCGAGCUGGGAAAGUGGCGGCGGCGGAGACGACGAGAUGAAGCAGGCGCUUCCGGAGCUGGAGUCCUCCCCACAAAAUGGCGGCGGCGGCGGCGGCGGCGGCGGCCGCCGCCUCAGCAUCGCGGAGCCCGGCGGCGGCGCCGGGCCUGAGGAGACCGCUGCGGCCUCGGCCGCCCCGAGCGUCAGCCACGAGCAGCCUCAGGACUCGUCUGAGGCGGGCGCAGCCGCUCUCCUCAAAGGCCCGGAAGAGCCCGAAAGACCCGUUAGGAGGAGUUUUCAGAUCCCCAGGAAGAGCAGAGAAAAGAAAGCACUUUUUCAGCCAUUAACUCCAGGCACUCGAGAAUUUGAAGAUGUUCUAAAUAUUCUCCAUUCAUCUUACCUUGAACCAACCUCAGUAACAAAUUUUAACUACAAACGUGCUUGCUUGAUACAUAAUGAACUUUUGGAAAAGGAGUUCACAGAAAAGCGAAGAGAACUGAAGUUUGAUGGUCGUUUAGAUAAAGAACUUUCAGAAUCCUAUGCAUUUCUUAUGGUUGAUCGAUACCAGGUCCAAAGCAUAUGUGAAAAAGGAUUACAAGUGGGCCAGUCCAAAAUAACAAUUCUUGGCAGUCCUUCCAUGGGUAUCUAUCUUUCUAGGUAUGCUGAUUUAUUACAAGCUAAUCCUUUGGAACCUGGGGCAGUGGGCGAUGUUGUUAUUUUUAAAAUAAUGAAGGGUAAAAUAAAGAGUAUAUACGACCCCAUGGGUGUUAAAAGUUUGGAAUCUAUAUUAAAUAAAAGUGCUUUGGACCCAACACCAAAGCAUGAAUGUCACGUGUCAAAGAAUGCCAAUAGAGUUACAUCACUUUUGGCUUACAGAGCCUAUGAGCUUACUCAGUAUUAUUUUUAUGAGUAUAGCUUUGAUGAACUCAGGCGAAGACCAAGACAUGUAUGUCCAUAUGCGGUUGUAUCUUUUACUUACAAAGAUGAUAUACAGACUCCAAAGUUUGUGCCUUCAUCAAGAUCUAACAGUUUCAAUGCAGAUAGAAACACAGAUAAAUUUAACUACACCUUGUGGAAAGGACAGCUUUUAAAUAAAGGAAAGCUUUUGUGUUAUAUUUCUCUGAGGUCAGCCACUCGUGCUUUUUUGCCUAUCAAGCUUCCUGAAAAGUUAGAUGUUGAAACAGUUAUGAGUAUUGAUCAUCUGAAACAGAAAAUCCCUCCAGCGCUGUUUUAUAAGGAAACAUACUUAGGUCCAAGUGAAGUUUUGAAGAAUGGAAUGUAUUGCAGCCUUUAUGAAGUUAUAGAAAAAACAAGAAUUGGAAGUAACAUGGAGAGUUUACUACAAAAACUAGAGAAAGAAAAACUUGUUCUUGUUAAACCUUUGGGAGACCGCGGAUACCUUUUUCUUCUCUCUCCUUGUCAAAUGGUUUCUCCAUAUGAACAUCAGACUGCCAAGUCUCGAGUGCUACAUGCUUUAUUUCUAUUUCAAGAACCUAGAGGCAUAGUUACUUCACAAAAAGGUUCAACUAAUGCAACACCACAGAAGAGACAUGAGAGCAUGACAGAUGUAUUAAAAAUAACUCAGUUUUUACAGUUUGCUUUGAUUCAGUGUCGAAAGGAAUUCAAAAAUAUAAAUACUAUAAAUUUUCAUUCUGUUGUUGAAAAAUAUGUAAAUGAAUUUUUUAAGCGAGGUUUUGGUUCAGGUAAACGAGAGUUUAUCAUGUUUCCAUACGAUUCACGAUUAGAUGAUAAAAAAUUCUUAUACUCAGCUCCAAAAAAUAAAUCCCACAUUGAUAAUUGUUUGCAUGCCUAUAUUUUUCGGCCUGAAAUGUAUCAGUUACCAAUUUGUAAAUUAAAAGAGCUUUUUGAAGAAAAUAGGAAACUUCAACAGUUCAGUCCACUCUCAGAUUAUGAAGGCCAAGAAGAAGAAAUGAAUGGUACAAAAAUGAAAUUUGGAAAACGAAAUAACUCAAGGGGUGAAACCAUUAUACCUAGAAAGCAGAAGUCCUCUCACUCUUUGGAUUAUGAUAAGGAUAGAGUCAAAGAAUUGAUUAAUUUAAUUCAGUGUAGGAAAAAAAAUGUGGGUGGGGACUCAGACACGGAAGAUAUGAGAAGCAAAACUGUCUUGAAGAGGAAGCUUGAGGAUCUACCUGAAAAUAUGAGAAAGCUCGCCAAAACCAGUAAUUUAUCUGAAAAUUGCCAUCUGUAUGAAGAGUCUUCGCAGCCUGUUGGCUCUCUUGGGCACGAUGUUGAUUUGAGACAGCAGCGGCAGGAUACCUCUAACUCCGGUGUUGCUGAUAUCCAUCGGCUGUUUAAUUGGCUAUCAGAAACACUGGCAAAUGCACGUCAUUCUGAUGCAUCCUUGACAGACACAGUCAACAAAGCCCUAGGAUUGAACACUGAUGACGCCUGUGAAGAGCUGAGGCAAAAGCAUGAGUAUGAGUUGAACUCUCCCCCAGAUAAGAAAGAAUAUGAGCAGCCUACUUGUGCAAAAAUGGAAAAUGUGCAUUUUAAGGGCACUCAGAGCCCAUUGCUAGAAGUUGAUACAUCAUUGUUAAAGUAUCCUAUUGCUGUUUCUACCAGUGAAGCAGGCACUGACCAUAAACUACAUUUGAAAGAAGAUCCAAAUUUAAUUAGCAUGAAUAAUUUUGAAGAUUGCAGUUUGUGUCCCACUGUUCCCAUUGAACAUGGAUUCCGCAGACAAUCUAAGUCAAAUAAUGUCGAAGAGACUGAAAUACAUUGGAAACUAAUUCCAAUUACAGGAGGGAAUGCAAGAAGCCCAGAAGACCAGCUGGGGAAACAUGGUGAGAAACAAACACCAGGUAUGAAAUCACCAGAAGAACAACUGGUGUGUCUGCCACCACAGGAGGCCUUUCCUAACGACCCCCGGGUAAUAAGUAGACAGCGAGGUUCUGAUUACCAGUUUCAAUCCUCUCCAUUUACAGACACACUGAAGGGCACCACUGAGGAUGACGUGGUGACAGGUCAGGUGGUGACAGUGGAGGAGCAGUGUGUGCCAGCAGCAGAGCCGCCCACAAUGAGUGAGACCACAGAGAGGACAGUGUUAGGAGAGUACAAUCUCUUUUCUAGGAAGAUAGAAGAGAUUCUGAAGCAAAAGAAUGUUUCAUAUGUCAGUAGAAUUUCCACACCUGUUUUUUCAACACAAGAGAAGAUGAAACGGCUUUCUGAGUUCAUAUGUUCUAAGACUUCCAAAGCUGGUGUACAGGAGUUUGUAGAUGGCUUGCAUGAGAAACUAAAUACUAUUAUUAUCAAAGCAUCGGCCAAGGGUGGGAAUUUGCCACCAGUCAGUCCUAAUGAUUCUGGUAGUAAGAUAGCAUUGAAUCCUCUGGGAAAGGCUGUCCUACCAGUUUCCUCAAGUGACUUCAACAGUAAACAGCUCCUUGAGCCACUUUGUAGUGAUACUUUGAAAGACAGCAACUCCAGUGAGCAGCAUUCCUCUUCAACUUUGGGUUUAACCGAAGUAGAAGUGAACCAGCCACACCAUGCUACAGAGCUGAUGGUGACUUCUGAUCAUACUGUACCUGGUGAUACUGCCCGGGAACCAGUAGAAAAAGAAACAACAAAAUCGCCCAGUGAUGUAAACAUUUCUGCCCAACCAGCUCUUUCAAAUUUUAUAAGCCAGUUAGAACCUGAAGUAUUUAACAGUUUGGUUAAAAUCAUGAAAGAUGUCCAGAAAAAUACUGUGAAAUUUUAUAUUCAUGAAGAAGAAGAGAGUGUGCUCUGUAAAGAAAUAAAGGAAUAUCUUAUCAAAUUAGGCAAUACAGAAUGUCAUCCAGAACAGUUUUUGGAAAGAAGAUCAAAAUUAGAUAAACUAUUGAUUAUUAUUCAGAAUGAAGACAUUGCAGGUUUCAUUCACAAGGUACCUGGCUUGGUGACUUUAAAGAAGCUGUCUUGCGUUAGUUUUGCUGGUGUUGAUAGUCUGGAUGAUGUUAAAAAUCAUACAUAUAAUGAAUUAUUUGUAUCUGGCGGUUUUAUUGUGUCUGAUGAAUCCAUUCUAAAUCCAGAAGUUAUCACAAUUGAGAACCUUAAAAAUUUUUUGACAUUCCUCGAAGAACUCAGUACUCCGGAAGGAAAAUGGCAAUGGAAAGUCCACUGUAAAUUUCAGAAAAAACUAAAGGAAUUGGGCAGAUUGAAUGCUAAAGCUCUAAGUCUGUUGACACUUCUGAAUGUCUAUCAGAAGAAACAUCUGGUUGAAAUUUUGUCAUACCACAAUUGUGAUUCACAAACUCGAAAUGCUCCAGAAUUGGAUUGCCUUAUCAGACUUCAGGCUCAGAACAUACAGCAACGACACAUAGUCUUUCUAACAGAAAAGAACAUCAAGAUGCUUUCCAGUUAUACAGAUAAUGGAAUAGUGGUUGCGACUACUGAAGACUUUAUGCAAAACUUUAAAAAUCUUGUGGGCUAUCACAACUCAAUCACAGAAGAAAACCUUCCACUGCUUGGUGCUAAUGAGAAUCUUGAGUCACAGUCAGAUGCUGUUUUGACAUUAACCCCUUUGGAGCUGGGAGUUGGGAUUUCCCAACAUUAAACGUGAACACAUUUCGCAGAAGCUUUUAGCAUCGGAUUAUCUGGACAUUCACACCUAGUGUGAGUGUUGUGACUAAGUGAACUUGUGGCAGAAGACCAAGCUUUAAGGGAUUGUGGACUUGCAGACCCUGACGCAUUAUAUUGUGUGAGUAGUGUAUAAUUUUAAAACUUAAACAAAUUGUGUAUUUCAAUAGAGGAGGACUUUUUGUUUUUUAAAUGUAGCUCUUUUAGAAAACGAUGAAAAGGAUGAAGAGGAUAUGUCUCUGGAUUCAGGGGAUGAAAUCUCACAAAUAGAAGUAUGCAGCAAUUUUCAUUCAGAAAUAUUGGCGAAAGAGACCAAAGGAUCACGUGGAACAGAUCAAAAUAAGAAUAUUCAAAUUGAGUUGCAAUCGUCUCUUGACGUGCAAAAAAGUUUAUUAGAAGAUAAGACUUAUCAAAUUGAUUCUGAAGAGAGCGCUUCUGUUGCUAUAGUAUGCUCUGAAGGAGAGAACAGCAGUGCAACUGAACAAGAUUCAUAUAGCAACUUUCAGGUUUAUCACAGUCAAUUAAAUAUGUCCCAUCAGUUUAGUCAUUUUAAUGUUCUCACUCAUCAGACAUUUCUGGGGACACCAUAUGCCCUUUCAUCAAGUCAGUCUCAAGAAAGUGAAAAUUACUUUUUAUCUGCUUACACUCAAAGCUUGGAUAGAGCUAAAUCUCCAUCUCCAUUAAGUUGGGGGAAAAGUGAUUCUUCCAGGCCCUUUUCAAAAGAGAAAUAAUUAUAGUAACUUUUUUUUUUUUGAAAUAGGUUGUUACGAACUUUUUCUGUUAUAAGUGAAUUAACAAUUUAUAUUUCAUUCUCUAAACAAAACGUUUCUUGUCCUUCCUCAAUGUUUUUUUUCCUCUUAUUUAAAUCAUGAUGGCCUGUAACAGUUGAAGCAUCUGAAAAUUGAAAUAAAUAUAUAUAUUUUUAACAUAUAUUGUACUUGAAUUAUCUCAUGUUGGCACUUUUUAAGUUUUACAAAUAUAUGUUACCUGUACUUGGGCUUCAAAUUGAAGCCUGUUUUAUAUAUAAAAUUAGACAAUUUGCAAAAGGAUAGUGAACAAUGCCUUUUCUUUUUCUCCCCCCCGGUCAGAUGAUACCAACUACUUUUGCUGAAGUGACAUACCAGUCGACUAUUGUUAAGCUUUUGUAUAGUGUUUAUACAGGUAUAAGCCAGUGAUGUCAAUAGAUAUAAAGGAUUUUGGCUCAAUACCUCAAGAUUUAUCUAACAAUGAAUGCAGUUUCAGUUUAGAUGAUAAACUAUGUAACAUAAGACUUAGGACUUAAUGCCAGGCAGCAUUAUUUUUAUCUUUAGGCUUAGCCAUCUAAAAAUUGCCUAUUGGUAAAAUUUUGGGUCAACCUUUUAUUUGAGGUGUUUGAUGAUUACAAUUUUCAAUGCUUAGUAUGGUCCUUGACUUAACCAAAUGCAAUUUCAUAUUUCCAAAAGAUGGGCUUCUGUUAUAUUAAAGGCACUGAACAAAUCUGGAACAACUCUGCUAUAGAUUUUUGAAUUCGUAGUCUUAGAAAAAUGUAAGUAUAUUUUUGAGGUGGUGAAAAUUUAAGUGCUUUACUAAAAAUAACAAUUCACAGAUAAAGUAUAUGGUCAAUUUUAAAACCGUAUCUAUUGCUAAUAACUGUCUGCAUUAGAAAUGCAAACUUGUAAAAUGUUUUUGUAAAGUCCUAAAAACAGGAAUUAUAGAAAAGAAAUACUGAGCUAUUUUAAAGUUGAGAUGUGUUAAGUCAGACCUUCCUUUGGCCCCUCAGAAGAACUUGGAAGAGUUCUAACCUCUUAAAUCUUUUUAUAGAACAAAUACCUAAGUGGUAUUUCAGUAAUAAGCUACGUAAGUGUAGAAGAACGUGGUCUGUGAACAGGUCAGAAACCUGUCUUAAGGUAAGUAGAAAGUGUUUAAAUACCUAGAUUGUGAUAGAGCAGAAAAUGUUUUUUUACUAACCUUUACAAAAAUGUCUGUUUUAUUGUAAAAAACAUAUAUACACAGCGUUGUACUACAUAAUGUACAAGUUUUAAAUAAGCAUUUUUAAAAUAAAUCCAGGUUAUUUGGAAAAUACAGUUAUGCAAUGAACACAUUUUAUAAUUCAGAAGCAACAAAUGUGAAGGAUUUGAUAUUCUACAUUUAAAACGAAGAAUUAAAAUUCUCUUCUUGAUUUGCAGCUAAAGGCAUGAGAUUAGUUUCCAACUCCCUUUGCUUCUGGAGAAGGCCCUGAAAUCACAUUGAUAUGUUAGGAAGCAGCAAACUUGCAAAUUAUUCCUAUUUUACAUUACAGUCCUGCUAAUCCAGAAUUAUAUUUACUUUACUUUGAAAACCUGUAAUCAAUCAGUUCAGUUACUUGGCCAUAGCUUUAUCUUUGUCACGUUGAAUUUUAACCACUCAAAAGACCUACAUCAGACUUUCUCACUUGGAUAUUGUGUAGCUAUUACAUACGUGUAAGAUUAUGUUUUUAGUAUAAAAACCAAUAAGGAUGACUCUUCCAAGUCUCCGUAACUAUGGGGCUGAAAUCCCCUAAAGGCUCUUAAAAUGGUAAUGAGACACACUGAAGGAGUCUCCCUUAAAUAACAUCCAGUUUAUCUUGACUGCACUAACCUUAGUGGCUUAGACAAGGCCCUGCUGAAAUAAGAUGUGGCUACUAUACAGGUGGGUCACUAUAUACAUGGUAUAUAUUCCUGCCUCUUGACCUCACAACUUUUACCUCUAUUUAAAAAAGUGCCUUGUCACUUUAAUGGAAAAUUGGAAAUAUUACUGCUUGUUACAUAAUCUAUAUGUAACCAAAGCUAGCAUUAAAGAACUAAAGGAUACUUUCUAUAUAAUUGUUAUUGUGAUUUUCUAGCUCUUUGUGAACAAAUUGGGUAAGCAACACUUGAAUCGACAAUUUGAAAUGCAAGAGGCAUAUGUAAAUGACUGGACAUGAAAAAGGGCACUCCUAAAGUGGCAGUUUAUUUUUCCUAAGAUUGGGGAUAGGUAUUUAAAGGCCAGCUGAUAAAGGUGCUGAUAGCCUUAAAUAUUGAAUGUGUUACUAGAUUUUAUUUUUGCCUGAGCAAGCUAAUGAGAAGUGACAAUAACUGAUGAUCUGGGAGGAGGAGAUGUAUGUAGUCUGAUGGGUAAGACGUUACGUGUAUACUUUCACACCAAAUUUUAUUAUUCUUUGGGACUUGCAUCAAUAUUCUGAACACUGCCAACACAUUCAAUUAAAAAAAAAACAACUGCAUUACUAAGAAUUUAUUAAAGCAUAAUUUUGUAUUUUCUGUCUUGAGUUUUAGGGUUUAUUUCAUGUUUACCCUUUCAAAUGUAUGUUUUUCAUUAAAUAAAACUGUCUUAAUAUUACAA